AUGCUCGAUGACACUCUGCUUGAGGACUGCGUACGUACUGUCGGCUGGCCGCUCUUGACGGAUCUGGCGCGGUGGAUUGACCACUGGGAACGGAACGGCGUAUACGACAUCGGUGCAGAUGCGACAAUGGGGGAGUUUAGACGCCUUGGGAUCGGCGAGAAGGAAGGAAGUGUGAUGCCCGGGGCGCAUCAGUUCGGCGAGAACAUCGCGAGCCUGAAGGGUAAUCCAAGUGUUCUAAUCACACACAAGAUGCUCUUUCUCUAUCGUAUGAUCGAUGUCUUUUCGUGGACUGUCGGUCUGCCCGGACUCGCGCCACAGCGAACUGUUGCAAAGUCACCAACAGUUGGCGUAUUCGUACGCAGCACCUUCAAAGGGCUGAUUAGGACUGGGCUGGAGAACUGGGUAGCUGCGAUAGACAAGACCUCGUCUGACAUUCUCCAAUUGCAGACAGUGUCUCAAUCUCACACUAUCAGCACCGACUUGAUCAACUGGUCUGAUCCUUCAUUCACUUUCCCUUCGCGAGAACAGUUAUCCUCGGUUACCCGGGAUCUCCGGUCGGUUUGCGAUGUGAAGGUCGAUAAGGAUUCCAACGCGGCGACCGUCAAUCUGAACACCUUUGCCUUCGCCUGCGCGAGCCUUCUAAGGGAAUGCUACGACAAAGACGGAAAGCUCACGAACGUGAACCUACUUCGGUUCAUGCUUGACUAUUGCGAAGGAGAUGAUAGCACUGCACGAGGCGUAUGGGUCACUUUUGCUCUGGCUUUGUUCGUGUCGCCUGUCUUGCUUCUAUCUGCAACACAGAUAAGCAAGAUGGGAAAGUCCGCCGGAAGCGCCGUUGUCCACAUUUGGGAGCUCUGGCGGCAACUCGGCAACUCGGAACGCCCUGCAGUUCUAGUGCAUACCGAGAGACAGAUCUGGGCUUUAAUCUUCACCAUCAUUUGUGGGACCGAAGCUGAGACUUGCUUGGCUUCGUUCGUCAAGUACUGGACGAGCGGUCUGCGAUCUGAGCCCAACUACGCAUCUGCUUCUACAUGGUUUGUCACUGGUCCUUCGGUAUCCUCCUCAAUCGUGACGGAAACAACACAAGCCACUGGAGGCAGCCAACAAUCAGAUGCUCUUGCCGGCCCAUCCACUUCAGACGACAUCGGCGAUGGGCGGAUGGCCAAGAAACAGAAAACGGCGCAUGAAGAUCACACAAGCUCGAUCUGUGCCUUGCAACAAGGGCAAUUCAUCGACACAGUACCUACAAGAGCUCGAGGAUCGCAUUCAACCUCGACGACAUCCUCGACGCUACCGCAGACCACCGGUGUAUCUGCUGAUAAGACGCACCCUGUCAACCGCAGGGAGAUACUGCUCGCGCUCUUUGAGCGGCAUCAGGCCGAGAUUGCCGGGCUAAGAGCCGAGAAGGACCAGGUCCAUGCAAGCCUUGUCGAGCUGCGCGACAUGACUGUUGCUCGCCUACUCGAGGUUCUCGAACAGGAUCCGGAGGGACAGGACAUAGGCGACAUUGACGACGCAAUCGCCGCAGUUGAAAGGCGCCAAGCACGGAUGAUUGCCGAAACUACAGAGUUGUCAACUAACCUCGGUCGCGCUCUCCAUCGUGCCACGAAAUCGGAGUCGGAGGUGGACCAGUUGAAGGAGCGCGUGGAUAAGCUCGAGAGGGAGCUGGCUGAGGUUAAGGAGGAGCGUAUGUUGGACCAUGAGACAAUGGAUGCCAUCUUUGCGAGGAGUGCAAAGACCCAGCGUUCGGGCUAG